UGAGCCACCAUACCUCGCCAGGGUAUUCCUAUUUUAUGAAUGAAAAGAUUAAUACUUAGAUUACGAAAGGCACCAAUGUCACCUAAUACAUUUCAAGACACAGAUGGGACUAAAACUCAUUACCUUAUAUUUCCGAAGUCUGUGUUCCUCACUGAUAUUGUUAUAUCCCUAUUGCCUCACUACUACCAUAGUACUACUGUAGUACAAUAUCACUUAUUCUAAUAGUUUAUCAUGUUUUCAUGUACAUUGUCUGAUUGAUUUUCAAAAACCUCAGCUACAUUAUUACCUGAAUAAUCUAGUUCAGGUCUUAUUAUGAUCUCAUUCUGCAAAUAAGGAAAACAAAGAUUGAGAAGGUAAAGUUAACAAGGACUGCUUUCUUAGUCCCAUUACCUAUUUUUUCUAUCUACUUGCCUUUACUGUUGUUCAUUCUUCACUUUUAAGUCUAGAUUUUAACUUUGUCAUAAAACUGAGGCUAAAAGAAGUUACAUAGGUUAAAAAGGUCAACAGUGGAGUCACUAACAGAACAUAUGCAGAUCUAAACUUAUGUCUUCUGAUUGCUAUCUUCUUAGUAGUAUGUAUUAUACUAUGGAAAAAAAAGUACCUACUGGAAGACUCAGAAGCUUCUCGGGACUUGUUUAUACAUGACUGCAAUAAUAUUUGAUAAUUUUUCUGGUAGAUAACUAUGAACUUAUUUGCAGAGAUCGGAUGUAGAGGCUGUUAUCAGCUGUAAAGUGGCCAUAUUAAUGUAAUUUAUUAUCUGAAUUAAAAUUCAGUGUGAAAUAAGUAUGAAACAAUUAAGUACUUGACAAAGAUAAAAAUUUCAAUUGUUGGAUUUUUUCCACUUAAAAAUGUACAAGAACGAAGUGCUAUACUCUCUCAAUUCUGCUAACAUUUAUAUUAUUUAAUAGUGUUUAAAAUGUUUGAAUUGAUGGUUUUAAGAUGGAAACCCAAAUACUUUUUUGUUAUUGCCAUAACUUGUGUUUCAAAUGUGAGACAGAGAGAAAAUAUCUUAUAUCGUAUACAUGCCCUGUAUUCGUUUUGUCUAGUCUAAGGAACUGCUAUAGUUCAUUCUGAAAUAUCCAUGUGUUAAUUCUUAAGGUUGCUGUAACAAAUUACACAAACUCGGUUGCUUAAAACAAAAGAAAUAUAUUCUCUCAAAGUUCUGGAGGCCAGAAGUCUGAAAUUAGUGUCAGUGGACUGAAAUUAAGGUAGUAGGACCAUGUUCCCUCCGGAAGCUCUACGGGAGAAUCUGUUCUUGCCUCUUCUAGCUUCUGGUGACUGUCAAUAUUCCUGGCCUUGUGGCUGCAGCGCUCCAGUCUCUGCCUCCUUAGUCACAUGACCUCCUCUUCUGUCUGUGUCACAUCUCCCCCUGCCUCCUUAUAAGAUGGACCACACAUCCCCGACCUACAUGCUUGCUAACUUGACCCACUUGCAUUCUGAACAACUUCUGCAGGGCUUGAAUAUUCUUCGCCAACAUCACGAACUCUGUGACAUCGUUCUUCGAGUAGGUGAUGUUAAAAUUCAUGCUCACAAAGUGGUACUUGCCAGCGUCAGCCCGUAUUUCAAAGCUAUGUUCACUGGAAACCUUUCCGAAAAAGAGAACAGUGAGGUUGAGUUUCAGUGCAUUGAUGAAACUGCUCUCCAGGCCAUUGUGGAGUAUGCCUACACAGGGACUGUUUUUAUUUCUCAGGACACAGUUGAAUCUCUCCUGCCAGCAGCAAACCUGCUUCAGAUAAAACUUGUCCUGAAAGAAUGUUGUGCAUUUCUUGAAAGCCAACUUGAUCCUGGUAAUUGUAUUGGAAUUUCUCGUUUUGCAGAAACGUAUGGUUGCCAUGACCUUUAUUUGGCAGCCACUAAAUACAUAUGCCAGAAUUUUGAAGCUGUUUGCCAGACUGAAGAGUUUUUUGAGCUUACACAUGCUGACUUGGAUGAAAUUGUUUCCAAUGACUGUUUGAACGUAGCUACCGAAGAGACUGUUUUUUAUGCAUUAGAGUCUUGGAUCAAGUAUGAUGUACAAGAACGCCAGAAAUACUUAGCACAGUUACUAAACAGUGUACGAUUACCAUUGUUGAGUGUUAAGUUUCUCACUAGACUAUAUGAAGCAAAUCACCUUAUUCGUGAUGAUCGCACUUGUAAACAUCUUUUGAAUGAAGCCCUAAAGUACCACUUUAUGCCUGAACAUAGAUUGUCUCAUCAGACAGUCUUGAUGACACGACCUCGCUGUGCUCCCAAAGUACUUUGUGCAGUAGGAGGGAAAUCUGGACUCUUUGCCUGUUUGGAUAGUGUGGAGAUGUACUUUCCUCAAAAUGACUCUUGGAUUGGUUUGGCACCCCUAAACAUUCCUCGCUAUGAAUUUGGAAUAUGCGUUUUAGACCAAAAAGUAUAUGUUAUAGGUGGUAUUGAAACUAAUGUGCGUCCUGGCGUCACUAUCAGAAAACAUGAAAAUUCAGUAGAAUGCUGGAAUCCUGAUACAAAUACUUGGACUUCUCUAGAGAGAAUGAAUGAAAGCCGAAGUACUCUUGGAGUAGUAGUACUUGCAGGAGAACUGUAUGCCUUAGGUGGUUAUGAUGGACAAUCUUAUUUACAAUCUGUAGAGAAAUAUAUUCCCAAAAUAAGAAAAUGGCAACCUGUGGCACCAAUGACUACAACAAGAAGUUGUUUUGCUGCAGCUGUAUUGGAUGGAAUGAUAUAUGCCAUUGGUGGGUAUGGUCCUGCCCACAUGAACAGUGUGGAGCGUUAUGAUCCAAGUAAGGACUCCUGGGAGAUGGUUGCAUCCAUGGCAGAUAAAAGGAUUCACUUUGGCGUGGGUGUCAUGCUAGGUUUUAUUUUUGUGGUGGGUGGACAUAAUGGAGUCUCACAUUUGUCAAGCAUUGAAAGAUAUGAUCCUCAUCAAAAUCAGUGGACUGUGUGUAGACCGAUGAAAGAACCUAGAACAGGAGUUGGUGCUGCUGUAAUCGAUAACUACCUUUAUGUAGUCGGUGGUCACUCAGGGUCUUCCUAUCUGAAUACAGUGCAGAAAUAUGAUCCUAUCUCAGAUACGUGGCUGGACGCAGCUGGCAUGAUAUACUGUCGCUGCAACUUUGGGUUAACUGCACUUUGACAAGUGUGAACUCUUGGAAAUAGUAUGGUGGUGAAACUUGUACUGCAUGAACGGAUGGCCCAGUUUUCUGAAACCCACAAGCUGCAUUGCUUUCUUUUUAACUUGAAGUAGCAUGAAGACUCAAAGUUUUGCUGGGUACUUUUAAUUGACAAGUCAUUUUAGUUGCUCUUGAUUACACAGUAAAUCAAUAAUUCAAAAGAAAAAAUAAGUAAAGACCUUGCCAAUUGAAUUGUGCACUUCCCCCUAAGACUGAGAUAUACUAGUUUUAUAUUCAUAAGUGUCCAUGUAGAGAAAACGUCGCUGCUUUUUUCUCUCUUUUUUUAAUUUUAGCUCUUUUUCCCUGAUACCAUGAUUUACUAGGAUGAGCAAUGCUUUAGGUGCUGGCGUAUAUUGAGUGAAUGGGCAGAGUGCUGAUACUGCUUCUGAGAUGUAAAUUCCUAUGCUUCACAUUUUUUAUUUGUUUUAAAACAAAUAAAGGGCUGCUUUUUAUUUUGGUACUUUUAAGGGUUGUAAAUAACAUGCCAUAGGGAGUCAUCUGAAUACUCUUCCUGCUAAAUGGUUUUAGGGCUAGGGAUGUAAUAAAUUUUUAAGACAAUUGCUUUUAUUAUCAUGAUAUUUGGGGCCCUAUUUUAGGAAGUCAGAUAAAUUUGCUGUUUAUGCCUUUUGUAUAUGGGCAGGUUAACAUUGGAUGAAUUUAAUUACCUGUCUAUGCUAUGGUUAGCAUGGAUAGGAGUUAAGUAUAUCAGUUGUUUCAGUUUUUCUUCAGUAGUACAGCAGGCCUCCCAGUGCUGAUGUAAAUAUUUGAGCAGUGUUUAGUACCAUUCUUAGUGCAUAUUAAUUGUUUUCAUAUAUCCUUACAACAAUUUUAGUUUUUUAAGAUCUUUGCUUUUUCAAAGUGUUCAGAUUUUUAAAAAAUGGUGCUAAUUGUAGGAUUUAUAACAAGGCUAUAAUGGAUGUCCUUUUGGAUGUUCAGUAUGAGAUAUGCAUGACAUGUUUUGAUAGUCUUUUGCAUUUUUAAUGGCUUGAUUCAUUUGUGCUUAUUAAAAAUGUUAGUGAUUACACUAAUGUUAACAUCCAAAAAUCAUCAAAAUGGCCUAUGUUAUGCUUUACAUGGUUUCUGAAUAGCGAUAUAAAGAAAGUUACACUUUUGAUCUUCUUUCCUCUUAUGCUAGAUACUACAUGUCCUUCUUGAAAACAGAAAUAUAUGCAUUAAAUAUAAAGCACUAGGCAGUUAUGUAUUACUUUGUACAUUUCUUUAGGUAACUAAAUUUUUUAAUGUUAUUGAGGAAAACUGGAACUCAAUUUUUACUUGAGUAAUGGUUCUAAGUUGAGUUCUACUUUGAUUAAAGAAAUGAUGUUUUAAAGCAAAAUUGUUUGCUGUAGCCAGUGACAGCUUAUUUAAAGGAAGUGGUUAACUUAUUUUAUUUUAGCAUGUUUUAGUAAAUGUCUGUUAGUCUUAAAUACACUCACUUGCAUUUUAUUAUGAUGGUUGGUACUUGUAUUUUGGUACUGUAGUCAUUUGGUUUUCUUUUCCUUGAUUUUUUUUAACCUGUCUGCAAUCUCCUUAUAAAGUUUCUGCAAGACCAAUGUAUAAUUUUUCCUAAGAAAAAAAUUCAUACUAUAUUCUUAAGUGCCAUAAUGUUGUAGACUAUUGUUAAGAAGCCAUUUGUAAUGAUAAAACAUAGGUUCAUUUGUUAGUAUAUAUGUUUAUUUCUUGAAUACUAUAGCCGGGCAAUUUACAGUUCUUUGUUCUUCCAUGAACUACCAGUUGUAGAUUUAAAUAUAUACUACGAAACUAUGUAAAAUCAUUUUUAAUCGUAAACGUAUCAUGCUUUAUGAAUAUUUGCACAGAUUACGAAACCUUGCAAGUGAUUUUUAGUCUCUUCUAAUUUAGAACUCAACAGGAGCAACUAAUACAAUUGAUAGUCUGAGUAUUUUCUAUGUUGCUUGUUUGAAUAACAUAAUAAUAUAUAGCAAUAACUUUUUCAUUGAUUUGAAUAAAUCUAUUACAUAGAAGUAGGUGCACUAUUGUGGUUGGCCCAGAUUUUAUUUAAAGAAAAGAAAUUUAAAAUAGAUUCAUCACAUAUUUAGUUUUAAAUCCCCAAUUUAGUUUUCUUUGUUUAUAUCAAUCUAAUUACUAAAUAUAUCCUAUUAUACUAUUUUAAUCCCCUAUUCCCUAAAGAUAAAGGAAUUUGAAAGACUAAAGAAAAUGAUUUUAAUUAUAAACACAUCUAUUCUAUACAUCGUAUUUUAAUAAUGUUUUACUCAUGUAACAUCUCCACUAUCAAAUUAUUGUAUGAUCAUUUGAUAAAUAGAUCAAAAACAUAUACUGGUCUUUGUUUUUGAAAAAUCUAAAUUUCGUCUUGAGGAAGACUAAAUGUGAAACACCUUGGGCAGUAGUAGGAACCAUACACCAGUAAGCAGAUCAUAAAAAUCUGUGAAGGGAAGAGAAAAAAUGUUCAAAAUUUAAAGGUAUAUUUCUUUUAGAAUUGCUUAACCUAGUGUACUAUUCAUAACAACCAGAGCUACUAAUCUGUCCUGACAACUAAUAUGUUUACAUUUGAGCCUUCUUUUACAAAUUUGUGAGAAGUUUCAUUAUGAACACUGCUGACAGAUUGUUAAUUUAAAGCCACAUGUUUCUAAUGUUAAAAAGGAUCAAAAUGUUUGGUUAUAAAUCCUCAGGAUUAAAAGUAUUAGAAAUAAUUACACAUAUUCAGGCAAGAAAAUAAAAGCUAUUUAAGAUUUCCCAGAAAUAUUUUGGAAAAGAGCAGCACUGGGAAAUAGGAAUUAAUGUAAUCAGUUGCAAGAUACUUGCCUUCUGUAAUUAUAAUGAGUUAAUCUGUUAGACAUCUUUGGCUAUUCAAUAUUCAUUGGAUGUUGUAAUAGAAUGUAAGUGGCUUUUAAUGUAGCUCCAAGGAUAUUUACAAAUUCCAUGUUAUUGCUAUUAUUGUUUUAAAUAUGAGUGAAUAUUAAAAUACAGGAAGUGGUAUCAAGUGAUAGGAAAAUGGCAUUAGGUUAUGAAAUUUUAUUUAGAUAAUCUGACACAUAUGGAGGGUUUACUUUAUAUAUGAGAUAUUCUGUUAGAUGCUGUGGGAGCUAGAGAGAUAAGUAAGAUACACUCUUUUUCAUUAAAAGAGAGUAAAAUAUAGUGGGAGAGACCCUAAUAACUAUUAUGUUGAAGGGUGAAUCUAAUUCUUUAUCUCUGAUGUCAUAAGAAGUGAUUAGAGAACUAGUUUAUGCAUAAGCAAUUUCUUAGUGUCCAAUUAGGUUUUAUUGGCAUGAAAAAGAAAUAUUUAAAAACCUAAUAUUUAUGGAACUCCAAAUCUCCUAGAAUUGGAUAAUGUAUUUUCUAGUAGGAAAACUAUAGAAAAUUUAAAAAUAUGUAUUUCCUAUAGUAUCAAGGCUCUGGCUGACAUUGAGAGAAAUAUAUGUAGGUGUGUUUGUUUUCAGUUUUGGUGUUGGAUUCCUGGUAUUGUCACCUAAGUGCUCAUUUUCAGGAAAAACAGAUUCUACAAUAAAUACUUACUGCUUAAAGUUCAGUAAACUUGUGAUAACCUCAUAACCUCUGUAGUCUAAAAGUUAAUAAAUUAUAAGAUGUCAGAUGUCAAGUAAACAUCCAGUUCUAUUUCUUAACCUUUUUUUCCCUUUGUAAACAGCACUUUAAUUAGACAUGAUUUAAUUAGAUAACAAUUAUUCUACGGCUGGAUAUGUACUGGAUUUUCACUUACAGUACAUUGAUUUGGUGUUGAUGCACAUUUGAAAAGAGUGAGGAAUACAAUACAUUUUUAAUACAAUAGGUUUACAAAUUUUCCUACUGGUGUGACUAUGGAGUCAAAAAUCCAGUUUACAUCUCUGCAGAGAGAAAAAUUGUUAUCAGUAUGUCUUUUAUAGUGUACAUCUUUAAAUAGAGAUAAUUUAUUAAUUUUGUCAAGUUAUCAUGUGUAAGUCCCAUUUAUUUUAAAAUACUAAGCAAAAAGUUCCAAGUUUGCCUUAAAAUACAAGUGAAAUUAAAGAACUGGAUGAUAAUGCCUAUAUUUUUGCCUUAUGAAUUGUGCUGUGUGUAAUAAACCAGCAGCGGUUUUGAUUUUAACAGGAUUCUGAAAUUUUGUAGCUGUAGAGUACUAAUAUUUGUACUCUCUUGCAAAGAAUGUGAUCUAGUUGUGGAUUAUGUUAGUUUAAAUGUUUUUUGUAUAUGUAUUUUACCUCUGAACAUGUACCUUUUUAGCAUCAGGGUUUUAUUUUAUGUUUACAUAGUAAAGUGGCAUUUAAGUAGUUGAGAGUUGUAUUCUUUUUUUAUUUUAAAGGUUGUGUCUAUUAUUGUGGUAAUGUUCUGUAAUGAUUACGGUUACAUUUCAUUUAAUGUAAAAUGUUUAAAUAAAAAUGAAAAAUCU